CUGUGUGUACGACCUAAUGGUGGGAACCGUGUGUUUAGUGACACAAAGAUGGCUGACUUUGGCAGUGAACCCAUCAUUGACGGCAAGCCUUUGUAUUCUUUGCGUGUCAUCGACUUGAAGGAAGUGCUCACGAAGAGGGACAUCCCCUUCAAGAAGAACGCAACCAAAGCACAGCUCCAGGCGAUUGUCAUUCAGCAUUUGAAUGAAGCGAAUGAAGAGAAGUCGAGUGAAGACACGAUUCAAUCGGAAGAGACGAAUGAAUCGAUUAGUGACACAAACCCUGUCCUCACGACUGAAGACAAUAAGACUGAGAAUAACGUGAGUAAAGAGCAGACGGAAGCGACUGAUUUGAGUCAAGACACUGGCAUCACAUCGUCGACAAUUGAGUCCAAGAUUGAGUCCAAGGAAGUCGUCGCCCGUCAAAGAGAUGAGGUCUCCAGUGAUGGUUAA